AUGGAGUUGGGAACGCUGGUUCCUUUAGUUGAUUUACCUACAAGAGCCACUUUGCAUUCUAGCCAUCACAAGAGUUUUGAAAAAAAUCGAGGGUUGUUCGUGCCAUUUGUGAUAAGUUUUUCAGAUGAGGAUAAUGGUAGCGACCGUGAAGAGCGUAAACAGCCAAAUGCUUUAGUAGCUAAAGGCGACCUGAACGGUUCUAAUGCAAAUCCAGGUUUGAGCACUGGAGUGGGUUGUUAUAUUCUUGGCCAAUUAGAUCAACAACUCAUAGGCUCAUACACCGUUUCUGAAUUGCAGGCCCCCAUCACCUCUAAUGAAGAAGAUGAGUUUGAAAAAUGUCAAAAGAAGGCGAGAGAAGCAGAAGUAGAGGCUCUGUCAAACAUAAAUGACAAUGAAAGACCUACAACACCACCUGAGGGAGAGGAAUAUUUCACUGAUGAUGACGGAGCUAAGUACAAAUGGAAUCGAAAUCUUAAAGCUUGGGUUCCUCAGAGACAUCCAAGCUCUGUUAAUUCUGCAAAAAUAUUUCUGGUGCUAUCUCAUAAUUCUUUUAGGGCACAAAUAGAUGUUAAACUACAUGAUUCAACUGGAUCUCUUAGUGCAUCAGCUAUGGGUGAAACAGUUGAAAAUAUUCUGCAAUGUCGUGCCGAAGUUUUAAUGGACAAAACAGCAACUGAAACUGCACCAAAUCUUAGUGUGAUUGUUCGUGCACAAAUUGAUAAAGAUCAUGCAUUCUAUGUGAAGGCAAUACUGUUGCUACCAAAUCCUACGGAAUUCAGCUCUGUCGUAAAGAAAUAA